UUUUGGAUUCCAAACGAAGUUACUCGCGUGGCUUCAAGCAGUACAUUCACAUAUACAUAUACAAUAAACUUCGUGAUUUACAUUAGUGCUGAAAGAAACUAUGAUGUUUUUGAAUUUCAUGUUGAUUUUUUUUUUUAUGUGUCUUUUUGAACUGAUUCUUACAAAGAGAAGUAUUUGCUAGACAACGCCAUGUGUUUUCGGUUUUGAAGUUAUUGCACGUAUAACCGAACAGCUGUAAAACGCACUAUAUUGUUAUGCGAUGUUUUGGUUUCAUACUGUCAAGCCUCGACCUCUCUCAAAUACCGCUCAUUAUUAUUACUGUAUAAAAUCAUUAGAACAUUAGAUACUUUCGAUUGCAAACUGAAUCAUUAGAGUCACGGUAAUUCCGGAUGCAGUUCAUGCAAGAGCAGUAUUGCCCGGACUGCAUUUUAAAUUCCAUCUGCAGCUCGAAUGAAAUAAGGUCACGUUUAAAAAUAACCACAGAGCCGUGUCCAGUUUUGAGGCCGUACAGCAAACACUGCCCGGCGUAAGACCCUGUGACACACGUACGUUGCAGAGUCAUGGAUGCCGAUGAAGAUGUAGAUAACCAGCUUAUGGACUAUGUAAUUCAAAUGAGUGUUCAAGACUGUAACAGACAUCUUUUAAGUUCAUUAGAAAGUUUAGAACUUGCCAGUCACGAAUAUCUAAAGAUCUUGGCAGCCAUUGAACAUGGAGAUCUGCUCUCUCUUGAGCGGCUGUCGGAGUGCACAGCUGCGUUCAGGGAGGUGGACGGCGUCGGUUGGCUCCCUCUCCACAAGGCCGCUGUCCAGCCCAGGUUGGAGGUUCUGCGGAUGGUGCUGUUUGCUUCCUAUGAGUUAACUCUAGAGGAGAAAACAGCGGAGGGCGAGACAGCGGUGACACUGGCGGUUCAGGCGGGACAGGUGGAGAAUGUCAGCUUCCUUCUGAAGCAGGGAGCAUCUCCAAAUAAUGCCAACAGCAGGAAUGAAACUCCACUCCUGCUGGCUGUGAGAACACGCUCAUAUGAAAUGGUGUCUGCUCUCAUCAUGGCUGGGGCCUUUGUGGAACAGACCUGCCUGAAGAACUGGACCGCCGUGCACGAAGCUGCCAAGAUGGGCUGCAGCAGCAUCAUGCUGCUGUUGCUAAGAAACGGGGGCAGAGUUGCAGAGAGAGAUCGACAUGGAGUGACCCCACUAGGCAUUGCAGCAGAAUAUGCCAAAGUGGACGUUCUAGAGGUUCUUAUUAAAAAUGGUGGCGAUGUGAAUGCACAGGCUGCGAAUGGAGACAGUGUGCUGUAUGACGCCGCAGGCUCCGGAAAUCCUGACUGCAUUGAUCUUCUCUUGCAAUACGGGGCAAACCCCAACGUAGCCAGUCUGUGUGGCCACCUUCCCAUUCACCGAGCAGCUUACGAGGGCCACUAUCCGGCUCUGAAGAAGUUUAUUCCGAUCACCACCAAAAGAGCCAUUCGUCUGUCUGGACAAAGUCCUGUUCACUCAGCAGCAGAUGGGGGCCAUGUGCAGUGUCUUCAGCUGCUCAUUGACCAUGGCUUCAACGUCAACGCGCUCCUGGAGAAACACAUCUCGGAGAAUUACGGGGACUUGAGAAGAACACCCCUGUACUAUGCUGUCUCUAACGGGGACAUCACCUGCACGGAGAUCCUGCUCAAUGCCGGCGCAAACCCUGACAGUGAUCCUCUGCGCUGCCUCCUAGUGGCCGUCAGGGCUGGGAGGUACGAGAUAGUGAGGCUGCUUCUGGCCAAUCAGGCGGACGUGAACUGCUACUUCACGGUGGUCAGCGAUACGGUGUUCCCCACGGCCCUGCAGUACUGCCUGAGGGACGAGAUGAUGAUGCGUUUGCUCCUGAACAAUGGCUACGACGCCUACAGGUGCUUCUGCUGUAACCAUGACUGCAGCUGGGAAUCACGCUUACCGUGGCAAGAUGACCAGCCGUGUGAUAUAUCACACCUGCAAGAGAAGAUUCCUUUCUGUGACUUCAUCAACUCAUCCUGGCUGAAGGACGUGGCAGGAAAAGUGGUCAGGAUUCUUGUGGACUACGUCAGUCAUGUGACCAUCUGCUCAAAACUGAAACUGAUACUGGAAAAGCAGAGGGAGUGGCCUGAAAUCUGUGACAUACUGGGGAACCCACGACCGCUGAUGCACUUGUGCAGACUGGUGAUCCGAAGACAAGUGACCCUGAGGAGACUCUGUCACCUGGACAGCUGGAAUGAUGUCCCGUUUCCACUGCGAGUCGUGGACUACCUGCUGUACAAGGAACAUGAUCUCUUCAGCACAAUCAUAGGCCAAAAAGAGUGAAGAAUCUGCAUUAAAAGUGUUUGUGUCUUGAAAUCUGGUUGGUUGCACUUACAUGCAACAGUAGUCUCUCCCAUCUGUAAAUAUUUUCCCUGUUUUAUAAAUUAUGUUUACCAUCUAUUUAUAUAAUUUAUUUUUACUUGGAAAUUUGCAUUCAUUUUGUUGUUUCAAUUAUGUGAGACUAUGAACAGCUCCACAAUGUUGUAUUUUGUCUCUAAUGCAAAUAAAGAAAACAAAUUAUCGUUUUCAAUUCGCUUAAAAAAAUAUUAUGAGUCAGUACUAUUGUGCAUGGUCAACUAUGCUCAUUUGACACCAAAACAAACUGCAAGUUUAUGAGCUGUGUUCACAGUCUGCGGUUGCAUGACAAGCAGGUCACAUCUAAAUAUAAAUGAGUUCGGUUUACAAAGCACAAC